AUGUUUAAUCAAAAGACAAGAGCUAUUGUCAAACUACAUAUGCUGUUAUGUAUGUGUUUGCUUAUUUUGAGUUGUCAAGGAGCUAGUGCCGCAAGCCAACCUAACACGGCAGUAAUAAUUCCCCCAACAUUGAUGGAUUUGGCCAAUAAUAACUUCAUUUGGGCUCAAAACAGACUAGAACAGAUUAAUAAGGCCAAUGAUGGCGAUGAAAUGACUCUAAAUGAUGCCGACGCCUUCAUCGAAUCCGGGUUUUAUGCAGAAUUGGGAUUCGAGCAAGAUGAUUUAGACCGAGUUAAGCGUAUAGCAUCUCUGCUAAAGGGUCUAUUUAUACAAACUAAUAUGACUAAAAUCGAUGCAUCCUAUAAUAUAAAUGAUGUCCCCGAGCUUAUAGUUUUAUACCAUGCUUUAAAUCGCAACCUAAAAGGGGAAAACCCAAAGACCCCUACAACCAUCGAUUCCAAGCAUAAACGCUUCGUUGAAAACCUGGCCAUGUUCGUUUAUUCAGCUAUUUAUUUAAAGGAUAAUACGCCAGAUGGUUUUGAUCUAUUUGAAAAAAGAUGCUUAGGAUCUUCAGAAUAUGCCAACAUUACCGGAGCCCCAUUAGACAAUGAUAAGCAACCUUUAUUCUCAGGGGACUAUCGCACAUUUAUUCGCACGAAGGAGCAGAUUUCCUCCUUGGAAAAUAGUCCUCUCCUUAAAUACGCCCACCCAAUCAACACUGGGAUUUAUCUUAAGGGUUUAAAAUAUACCUAUUGUCGUGCCCCGGGGAAGGGAUAG